GUUCUCCAUGAUCUUCUCUUGAAGGGAUUAGCAAUUCAUUCACCUUCAUCUCUCUCCAUUAGAAUAGUUCCUUGCCACCGCCCACAUGAUGUCGAGCUACAGAAAGAGAGAGAAUGAAAAGCAAGGAAGAAGGAUACUCUCACCCACUACUCGUUGAUCCAAUCAUGGCCCCCUCAAAUCUCCCUCAAGACCAUCUUCUCAGAAGGGGCAGCAGUGUGCUGCCCCCACCCACACACCAUCGUCUUUUGAUUGUAUCCCAGCUAUUACAAAAGAGAUCCGAGAAACAGGCGGAGAGAAGAAAGAUAAGGAGAGCUUCCCUUUCAUAUCAUAAGCUCGCCGUCAGCUUUGCUCCUCGGAUCGUCGCUUGUGUCCAUCUCCGUCUUCCUCGUCCUAUGUGCGGAGUCCUCCUCCUCUUCGCGCUUCAUUGAUCGCCAAUGUCGGCCCAAGUUCUGCCCGAGCACGUUUGCUAUGUCCACUGCAACUUCUGCAACACCGUCCUUGCGGUUAGUGUCCCUGGCAACAGCUUGCUCAACAUAGUCACGGUGAGAUGUGGGCACUGUUCUAAUCUUCUGUCCGUCAACAUGGGAGUUUUGCUUCAAGCACUUCCUUUUCAGAGUCUUCAGACUCGCAGCAUAUGUUCUCAAGGAAAUGGAGUGGAAUGUGGAUCACCUUCCAAGUGCAAAAGGACUUCAUUGUUGUGCACAAUGCCAAAGGAUCAAGAACAAACGCUACCGAUGCAUCCUCCAGAGAAGAGACAACGCGCGCCUUCUGCAUAUAACAGGUUUAUCAAGGAAGAAAUACAAAGGAUAAAGGCUAACAAUCCAGACAUCAGCCACAGAGAAGCAUUCAGCACUGCAGCAAAGAAUUGGGCACAUUUUCCUCGCAUCCAUUUUGGGUUAAACAUUGAUGGCAAUAAGCAAGCAAAGCUUGAUGAGCCAGUAAGUGCACCGGCCAAUACACCUGGGGGCCAAAAGGGUCACAGUUUCUGCUGAUAAUUACAUGCCUUUGCACUGGAGAUCAAAUCUCUGAUAUCAUCUAAAUCUACAGAUUGUGAGUUGUGCUUGAAAUGUCCAUGAAACACUUGCAGGCUGGUAUUUAUUUCUCCUCCUCUGUGAUACCUAUCUAGAUCAUGUUGGGUUCUUGGAUGUUGUGUUCAUUAGUAGCUGCAGCAGUGGUGGCCCUAUGGAUUCUUUGCCUAUGUCCAUAGAGAUGGAGUUGUAAUCUAACAACGGACCAAAGAUAUACAGCUAGGGUUAGGUUGUUCUUGGGUGUUGCACAUCCGAGUAGAUAAUGCAUGGAUGCUGUAGCCUACGAGUCCUUUGUCUAUGUUCAGAGGAUUGGACUUGUAAUGAAGGGUUCAGCACACAGCUUGAUGAUGUGCUGUGGUUUUGUGAGAAUGGCUUUUCUUCUCUGGGAAAACCUCACAGACUAAUCCAAUUGCUUCUUGAAGAGAAAGAUGAUAUGGUCAUUACUGUUCCUUCAUUUCUCAACCAAACCAAUGGCGCACUCUAAAUGCAGCUACUUCUAUCUCUUGUGGGCAGAUUUAUAAUCUAAAUUGUAGCAGCAAAUAGAGGGAUACUAAUUAUCCUUCUCAAAACUGUAUGAAUGUCUUUGAUAUAUAACAAACAUGAUCUUAACAUCAUACAAAUCAUGUCACA